UAUGGUAUACUAGUCUCGUUUGGGAAAGUUUCCUGUAAAAUGGAUUGGAGAAUGAAGAGUCGUAUUAUGUAAAUUAGUCUCCAAUCCAUUUCCUGUUGGAGUUAUUAGCAUGUAGAACGAGUCAUUCUAGUUUCCUAUAAAAAAAAAAUUCAUUUGUUUUGAACUACUUUUCGCUUUUCAGUCGAUUCAGGUCUCUCUUCUGCAAAACACAACGUCAUCAUGUAUAGAGUUGCUAAUCCGUCCGAGUAUCUGGCCUUUACCGGCGCCGGAAUCAAAGAUAUCAAGCUAGCCAAGAAGGGAUGGGUCUUCCCUGGCCAAUCCUGCAAGGUCUUCGAUGUUUCGCCGGUCAAUUACAGUUUCAACGUCCAAGCCAUGAGCGCAGAGAAGCUUCCCUUUGUCCUCCCGGCCGUCUUCACAAUCGGUCCUCGUGUCGACGACAAGGAGAGCCUUCUCUUGUACGCUAGACUCAUCGCUCAAUACGACAAAGGAUCCGCUCACGUCAAUGAUCUCGUUCAGGGCGUAAUCGAAGGAGAAACGAGAGUCUUAGCCGCUUCCAUGACCAUGGAAGAAAUCUUCAGAGGCACUAAAGAGUUCAAAAAGGAGGUUUUCGGGAAAGUUCAGCUUGAAUUAAACCAAUUUGGACUAUUAAUUUACAACGCCAAUGUGAAACAACUUGUUGAUGUGCUUGGUCAUGAGUAUUUCUCUUAUUUGGGUCAGAAGACUCAGAUGGAGGCGGCCAAUCAGGCCAAAGUCGAUGUCGCGGAGGCGAGGAUGAAGGGAGAAGUUGGGGCUAAGCUUCGGGAGGGACAGACCACGCAGAAUGCGGCCAAGAUUGAUGCGGAGACGAAGAUAAUUGCGACGCAGAGGCAAGGACAGGGGAAGAAGGAGGAGAUUAAAGUGAGGACUGAAGUGAAGGUUUUUGAGAACCAGAGAGAGGCGGAGGCAGCCGAGGCGGAUGCUGAGUUGGCCAAGAAGAAGGCUGGGUGGGCCAGGGAGGCACAUGUGGCGAAGGUGGAGUCGGAGAAGGCGGUGGCGAUCAGAGAGGCAGAGCUGCAGAGGGAGGUCGAGAAGAUGAAUGCCCUGACUAUGACUGAGAAACUCAAGGCAGAGUUACUUACUAAAGCCAGCGUUGAGUAUGAAACCAAGGUUCAAGAGGCAAAUUGGGAGCUGUACAAGAAACAAAAGGCCUCAGAAGCACUUCUGUACCAGAAUGAAAAAGAGGCAGAGGCACAAAAGGCAAGUGCAGGGGCAGCACUCUUUGCACGUCAACAAGUCGCUGACGGUGAACUCUACGCAAAGCAAAAGGAGGCGGAAGGGCUCGUUGCCAUGGCCAAAGCCCAAGGAACAUACAUUCGCACCCUCCUCGACUCACUUGGUGGCGACUACAGAGCUUUAAGGGACUACUUGAUGAUAAGUGGUGGAAUGUUUCAAGAUAUUGCUAAGAUUAAUGCUGAGGCCGUGCGUGGUUUGCAGCCCAAGAUUAGUGUGUGGACCAACGAUGCUUCUGGUGCUGGUGGUGGCAAUGAUGGCGCUGCCAUGAAGGAGGUUGCUGGGGUUUACAAGAUGUUGCCGCCGUUGCUUAAUAUUGUUCAUGAACAAACUGGGAUGCUGCCACCGGCCUGGAUGGGGAGCUUGACGAACUCCAAUGGCAACUAAACCAUGAACUGCAGAAUGUUUUUUUGCAUAUUUGGAUUCUAAUGGAUUUUUUUUUUAUGGUUCAUUAAGUUUUAUACUGAUAUAUCAUCAGCAUAUUUCCAUUUCUUUUCCCUGCUCUGUUCAUCUUCCUUUGUACCUUUGACAAUCAAUGCAAGUAUAUCAAUGACUUAUUA